AAGUCACUUGAUCUCUGUCUCUUACUUCCGACCAUAGGGCAUAGGCUAGUAGUCGUCGUAAUCCCCUAAAGCAUUCUUUCUGCUGGAAAUUGACCCCGCAGCACCAACUCUUCAGCUAUUUAGAGUUUUAGACAACACAAAACACAUAGCGCAUCUCCCUUUCUUUCGCUCAAAAACACCAAAAAGGUUUUCCGUAUAACCAGAACCUAAUACACCAUUAAUCCCUGUGUGUAAGAAUUCGUUUCCAUGUCUCAAACUGAUGUGGUUCUGGUUUUGGUUCUUCUGAGUUCAUUUCUUCAAUUGAUCUCCGGAUCGCGAACGAUCCUUCGUGAAAUCAACAACGACAACAAGGUCGAGGUCGAUUACGCUGUUGAACUGAACGCCACUAGCUUCGAUGCGGUUCUUGGGGACACGCCUGCCACCUACGCCGUCGUCGAGUUCUUCGCGAAUUGGUGUCCUGCUUGCAGAAACUAUAAGCCCCAUUAUGAAAAGGUUGCAAGGCUCUUUAAUGGACCUCAUGCAGUGCAUCCUGGUAUUUUAUUGAUGACAAGGGUGGACUGUGCAUCGAAGAUAAACAAUAAACUCUGUGAUAAAUUUUCUGUGGGUCAUUAUCCUAUGCUAUUUUGGGGCCCUCCUUCAAAGUUUGUAGCUGCUAGUUUGGAACCCAAGCAAGAGAAGAGUGAUAUAACUCUAAUUGAUGAUUGUCGGACAGCUGAACACUUGCUUAAUUGGAUCAAUAAGAAGUUAGGCAGCUCAUAUGGCUUGGAUGAUGAGAAGUUUGAAAAUGAACAGCUUACAUCAAAUUUAUCAGACGCUGGACAGAUUGCACAAGCUGUAUAUGAUGUUGAGGAGGCAACAACUACUGCCUUUGACAUCAUAUUAGAGCACAAGAUGAUCAAAUCUGGAACUCGGGCUUCUCUUAUAAAAUUCCUUCAGCUUUUGGUGGUUCAUCAUCCUUCCAGGAGGUGCCGGAAGGGAAGUGCAGAGGUUCUUGUAAACUUCGAUGGCUUUUACCCAUCAACUAUGCAGUCAAUAAGCAAGCUGGAUGUCGUCAUGGGUAAUGACGAGGGUGCACUGAGGAAUUUGCAGAUUUGCGGAAAAGAAGUUCCUCGUGGAUACUGGAUGUUUUGCCGUGGCAGCAAAAAUGAUACAAGGGGCUUCAGUUGUGGACUAUGGGUUCUAUUGCAUUCACUGUCUGUGAGAAUUGAUGAUGGAGAGAGUCAAUUUGCAUUUGAAGCUAUACGUGAUUUUAUUCACAACUUCUUCAUUUGUGAGGAGUGUCGUCAACAUUUUUAUGAGAUGUGUUCAAGUGUUACUAGUCCUUUCAAGAAAUCCCGCGACUUUGCCCUUUGGUUGUGGAGGGCACACAACAAAGUCAAUGAAAGAUUGAUGAAGGAUGAAGCUUCGCUGGGAACUGGUGACCCCAAGUUCCCAAAGAUUAUUUGGCCUUCAAAGCAGCUUUGUUCUUCAUGUUCUCUCUCUCAUGGCCAGAAAGAUAAUGGAAGUGGUCUGGUUGAUUGGGACGAGAAUGAGGUCUUAAAGUUCUUGACCAAGUACUAUGGGGAAACGCUUGUAUCCUUGCAUAAGGAAAAAGGUAGUCGUCUUGGGAAUGACGUAACUGAUGGGGCUGUUGAAGAGCUGGUGGCUUCAACGAAUGCAAUCGUGGUGCCAAUGGGGGCGGCACUGGCGAUUGCUUUUGCUAGCUGUGCUUUUGGAGCUCUUGCUUGCUACUGGCGUUCACAGCAGAAGAGUCGGAAGUAUUACCACCAACUACACUCUUUAAAGAACAUAUGAUGCCCAGGAUGGUGAGCUUUUUCAUUGAUAUGAGGAUAUUUUCUCAUUUGUUUUCCUUGCACAACAUUUCAGGCCAAGAAGAAGCUGAUACAAUACAAAGGCCAGACGGUGCCCAAUCAGGUGAAAUCUCAGACGGGAACCAAGAUUGCGGCAAUUAUAUCUUCUGGCUUGUCCGUUCCGUAUACCUGCAAAGUUUUACCUGAACAUUUUUAUUUGGACUGUACAGAUUAAUCUGAUAUUUGGAAGAACAUUGUCUUUAAUUGCUGAAUUGUAUUGUGGUUUAAUUUUAUGCUCCAUGAGGAUAUAUUUUUGAGAGAACA